UCAGUCCGUCUCGUCGGCGGCGGCGCAGAGUGGAACUGGAAGCCAACGUCCAAGAGGCUCUUCAGCUGCGAGUUCGUUUUCGUUUAUGGAUUAGAAAAUGACGUGACGAGCUAGCAUCCGGCCGCCGCGGCGGCAGCGGACAGAGCCAGAUGCGGUCAGGGUCAAUCUCUCCUUGAGCUCUCCUCUCCACCGCGCUGAGACCAGCCUUUCGGCCCUUGCACGCCGCACACGCCAGUCCAGGUCUCACCGUCGGGCUGCUUCACCGGUGCCUAAUAGCGAUGCCCACCACCAUCUGCAGUUUGAGCAAGCAACAUAAAUGGAAGAUAGCAGUCUCUGUGAUGCUGUUCUCCGUGCUCCUAAUAGCAUGUGAUUCGCCAUUCAGGGCCUUUUUUAGCAAGUACCUCAGCUCCAUUGUACCAUCAUCUGGAUCAUCACAUGACACUGCACUAACCCAGGAGAAUCGACAUUUAUACUCAGAGGUCAGAGCAUGCCACUAACCUGACUAACAGCAAGGCAGCGAAACAGAUCGAACAUGGCAUGUACAACAUGAACACCAGUUCGAUCAAUGCAGCUUCCAGUUGGAGCAUUAUGAAGGAGGAGUUCACAUUUCAAGCACAUGAUCGCCCUUUCAAUAAUUGUCAUGCUUCCACCAUUGUAGAGGUUGAGAAAGAAAUUUUUUUGGUUUCAUAUUUUGGUGGAUCCAUAGAAGGGGCUCCUGAUGUCAAAAUCUGGACACAGAGAUACAGUGAUGGCUAUUGGCAUCCUCCAGUAGUAGCUGAUGAAGAAAAUGCGACAGCAAUGUGGAAUCCUGUUUUAUUUCAGCUCCCCUCUCAUGAGUUGCUUCUCUUCUACAAGAUUGGUGAACACCCUCAAAACUGGAGCGGUGCCAUGAAAAGAUCUCUCAAUGGUGGUAUGUCCUGGUUAGAGAGGGAGCAAUUACCACCUGGUAUUCUUGGCCCUAUUAAGAAUAAGCCCUUUUUGCUUGAUGAUGGCCGUUUACUAUGUGGGACAUCUGUUGAAAGUUGGAACUCUUGGGGUGCAUGGCUUGAGGUAGCAGCAGACAAUGUAACAGAAGAUGCUGGCCGGACAUGGAGCAAAUAUGGUCCUAUAUUUAUCCAAGGCGAGAAACUUGGUGUCAUUCAGCCAGUACCUUAUCAGACCACCAAUGGGAGUAUACGUAUGUUGCUGAGGUCUCACCAAACAAUCGGUUCGGUAUGCAUGGCUGAUUCCUACGAUGGAGGAUUAAGAUGGAGUUUUGCGCGCAAGAGUGUGCUUCCAAACCCUAAUUCAGGGAUCGAUGGAAUCAAGAUGAAAGAUGGGAGAGUGGCACUUGCCUACAACACCGUCUCCAGAGGCACGCUCAAAGUGGCCGUCUCCACAGACGACGGCCUCUCAUGGCAAGAGGUGGUGACGCUGGAGAACGCGGAAGGCUGGGAGUUCUCGUAUCCUGCAGUGAUCCAAACCCAGGGCCGGCCCUGAGGGUAUGCAGGAUAUACGACCGCUCAGGACCCUCAAGGUUUAUAGGGCCCCCGUUUAUUCAACUUAUAUCCAAAUACAUAUACAUUACAGAUAAAUCUAUAUUCUCGUUCUUUUGUUGUGUCUCUUUAAUUUUCUGGCAAUCAUCUCUUCGAGGUCGCGCAACAGUCUGCUUGAUGACGAAUACUAAAUAUUGAUUAACGUGGGAAGGACGGAUGGUGUUGUAC